CCCACCCACCAUCUGCACCCGCUGCAGCGCCCGCGCCCCUGUCCCGUCAUUUGUAGCCCGCCUGCGGCUCCCGGGGACCGGAUCCUACCCGGGGUGCGGGGCAGAGAGGGCAUGGCCCGUCUGGGGACCGCCUGCCCUGCGCUGGCGCUGGCGCUGGCGCUGGCACUUGUGGCGGUGGCCCUGGCUGGAGUCAGAGCCCAGGGCGCAGCCUUCGAGGAGCCUGACUAUUACAGCCAGGAGCUCUGGAGGCGCGGGCGCUAUUAUGGGCAUCCGGAGCCUGAGCCUGAGUCGGAGCCGGAGCUCUUCUCGCCUUCACUGCAUGAGGACCUUAGGGUGGAGGAGCAGGAACCGCAGGAGCCGCACCAGCAGGGCCCUAGGACUCCCAAGAAGGCCAUCAAGCCCAAGAAGGCUCCCAAGAGGGAGAAGUUAGUUGCAGAGACGCCUCCACCAGGUAAAAAUAGCAACAGAAAAGGCAGAAGAAGUAAGAAUCUUGAGAAAGCUGCCAGUGAUGACCAUGGUGUCCCUGUGGCUCAUGAGGAUGUCAGAGAGAGUUGCCCACCUCUUGGUCUGGAAACAUUAAAAAUCACAGACUUCCAGCUGCAUGCCUCCACAUCGAAGCGUUAUGGCCUGGGAGCUCACCGGGGGAGACUCAACAUCCAGGCAGGCAUUAAUGAAAACGACUUUUACGAUGGGGCUUGGUGUGCUGGUAGGAACGACUUGCAUCAGUGGAUUGAAGUGGACGCCCGGCGCCUGACCAAGUUCACAGGGGUCAUUACCCAAGGAAGGAACUCUCUCUGGCUGAGUGACUGGGUGACAUCCUAUAAAGUCAUGGUGAGCAAUGACAGCCACACAUGGGUUACUGUGAAGAAUGGAUCUGGUGACAUGAUAUUUGAAGGAAACAGUGAGAAGGAGAUUCCUGUGCUCAAUGAGCUGCCAGUCCCCAUGGUGGCCCGCUACAUUCGCAUAAACCCUCAGUCCUGGUUUGAUAACGGGAGUAUCUGCAUGAGGAUGGAGAUCUUGGGCUGCCCACUGCCAGAUCCUAAUAACUAUUAUCACCGACGGAACGAGAUGACCACCACUGAUGACCUGGAUUUUAAGCACCACAACUAUAAGGAAAUGCGCCAGUUGAUGAAGGUUGUGAAUGAAAUGUGCCCCAAUAUUACCAGGAUUUACAACAUUGGCAAAAGCCACCAGGGCUUGAAGUUGUAUGCGGUAGAGAUCUCUGACCAUCCUGGGGAACACGAAGUUGGUGAGCCCGAGUUCCACUACAUCGCAGGGGCCCAUGGCAAUGAGGUUCUGGGCCGAGAGCUGUUGCUGCUGCUGCUGCAGUUCCUCUGCCAGGAGUACUUGGCGCAGAACGCACGCAUCGUCCGCUUGGUGGAGGAGACUCGGAUCCACAUCCUCCCCUCCCUCAAUCCUGAUGGCUAUGAGAAGGCCUCUGAAGGAGGUUCCGAGUUGGGAGGCUGGUCCCUGGGACGUUGGACCCAUGAUGGCAUCGAUAUCAACAACAACUUUCCCGAUUUAAACACGCUGCUCUGGGAGGCAGAGGACCAGCAGAAUGUCCCAAGGAAGGUCCCCAACCACUACAUUGCCAUCCCUGAGUGGUUUCUGUCUGAGAACGCCACAGUGGCCACAGAGACCAGAGCCGUCAUCGCCUGGAUGGAGAAGAUCCCGUUUGUGCUGGGAGGCAACCUACAGGGGGGUGAGCUGGUCGUGGCAUACCCCUAUGACAUGGUGCGGUCCCUGUGGAAGACUCAGGAGCACACCCCAACACCCGAUGAUCAUGUAUUCCGCUGGCUGGCAUACUCCUAUGCCUCCACUCACCGCCUCAUGACAGAUGCCAGGAGGCGAGUGUGCCACACGGAAGAUUUUCAGAAGGAGGAGGGCACCGUCAAUGGGGCUUCCUGGCACACAGUGGCUGGAAGUCUAAAUGAUUUCAGCUACCUCCAUACGAACUGCUUUGAGCUGUCCAUCUACGUGGGCUGUGAUAAAUACCCACACGAGAGCGAGCUGCCCGAGGAAUGGGAGAAUAACCGGGAGUCUCUGAUUGUGUUCAUGGAACAGGUUCAUCGAGGCAUCAAAGGCAUAGUGAGAGAUUUACAAGGGAAAGGGAUUCCGAAUGCCAUCAUCUCUGUGGAAGGUGUUAACCAUGACAUACGGACAGCCAGCGAUGGGGAUUACUGGCGCCUACUGAACCCUGGCGAAUAUGUGGUCACAGCCAAGGCGGAAGGCUUUAUCACCUCCACCAAGAACUGCAUGGUUGGCUAUGACAUGGGAGCUACUCGGUGUGACUUCACCCUCACAAAGACCAACCUGGCUAGGAUAAGAGAAAUUAUGGAGACAUUUGGGAAGCAGCCUGUCAGCCUACCCUCCAGGCGCCUGAAGCUGCGGGGACGGAAAAGGCGGCAGCGUGGGUGACCCUGUCGGACACUUGAGACAUACCCCAGACUGUGCAAAUAAAAAUCCACUCCAGUAGUAA